CUUCGUUGCUGCUGCUAGAGUUUGUUUGUGUUCCACUGAACGCUUAGCAUACCACGUUUUGGUACUUAAUUGGAAAGCAAAAACAAAAACUGACUAAGAAACAGAAUUCAAACCGUGAUCAGUCGGUGUUCGGUAAACGAUCGCAACGUAUAUUGAGUGGUAGUUAAUACUGCGCAUAUCUAAAGUGAAGACGCGUAAGCGCGUUUAAGUGUUUGCAAGCAAAUAAAAUAAAAUUUCCUUUGAAAAUGUGCACAUUUAAUUUGAAAAAUAAAAACUAAAACUCAAAAAAUAAUAAAAAAAAACUUAUAAACACUGCUAAGUGCAAAACUAAAGUAAAGUUACAAAGAAAGUUAAAUAAAACCAACAAAAUGCAUACAGUCGAAGAUAUGUUGGGCGAGAAAAACUACAGUAAAUGUCCUUUGAAGAAGCGUCCUAUCAACUAUCAGUUCGAAGAGGACAACUCAACAGAUAUUGUGGAUGCAAAAGUGUCUGCAGCCAAACUUGGCGCAGACGAUCUUACAGAUCAGCCCGAAAAUUUGAGUCUCAAAAAACGCGCCUACGACAUAGACGAGUUUGUAUCCCAACCAAGUGCCACAGCGGUGCGCAGCACACACGACGAGCUAAUUAAUGUGAGCGAUAGCUGCGAGGAUGAGGGCGUUGAUGUCGAUCAUACCGAUGACGAUGCGUCCAUGGAUAUGUUGGACGAGGACGAUGAGGAGGAAAUCAUUGAUUGUGUUGAAAUUGAGGAACAAACUGAUGCAACUGCAAAUACUACACAAGCCGCUGCGUUAGCUGCCGCUGCAGCUGUUGCUGCUGCCGCCGUUGUUGUGCCUAAGCCCACAUAUGCUAAAUAUGGCUUACAGCCAUGGAACUUCCACAUGUCUCCGUAUACCGCUGAGUUCUACCGCACAAUCAAUCACCCGCACUUGGCGCAACAGAUUUCACCGCUGCGUGGUGAUCUGCUUUCGCCAAGUUCACCAUCAGCCGAUUCGCUGGGUUCAUUAUCGCCACCACCACAUUACCUGCAUGGACGCGCCAAUUCCGUAUCGCCACCAGUGCGCUCCGAAAUCAUACAUCGGCCAAUUGGUGUACGCCAGCUGCCACAAUCACCCUCACAGCAUACGCACCGCUUCAUGCCAUACCCGCUACCAGCUGCCUAUCAUGCGCCACACACACCACAUCAAGCAGCCGCUUAUCCACCUGCGCUCAGCUAUCAUCAUCAUCCGCAUGCGCCCAUAUCACCCACUUACUCCGAAUCCUCGUACUACUCCAUGCGGUCCAUGACACCAGAGCCACACUGCUCCUCACUGCCUGAGGAUUUGUCAUUGAAGCACAGCGCGCUACAGAAGACGCCACAAAAGCCAACAUUGAAUGGUGAAAAGCGCGAGUUAUGCGCCAGCCAAAACAACUCUGCGCCUAGCACGCCCACCACAAAGAAGGAUAAGUCUGCGCCGCCGCGCUAUCAGUGUCCCGAUUGUCAGAAGUCCUACUCUACCUUUUCCGGUCUCACCAAACACCAGCAAUUCCACUGUCCUGCCGCCGAGGGCAAUCAAGUAAAGAAAUCGUUUAGCUGCAAGGAUUGCGACAAGACUUACGUCUCGUUGGGCGCGCUCAAAAUGCAUAUACGCACACACACCCUCCCCUGCAAGUGCAACAUCUGCGGCAAAGCGUUCUCACGUCCCUGGCUGCUGCAGGGUCACAUACGCACACACACCGGUGAGAAGCCCUUCAGUUGUCAGCAUUGCCAUCGCGCCUUUGCCGAUCGCUCAAAUCUGCGCGCUCAUCUGCAGACGCACUCCGACAUCAAGAAGUACUCCUGUGGCAAUUGCUCGAAAACCUUCUCGCGCAUGUCGCUGCUGACGAAGCACUCGGAGGGCGGCUGCCCGGGCGCCAACAGCAGUAGCGGCAGCAGUUGUGCCAGCGCAAUGGCGUCCGAUUCGGUUGCAUCUGCGCAUGAGUUGCACAAUUAUCCCGUAUACGUUGAGCACUAAAGCGCAUGCAGAAGCGCGAAGUAAUGUGUAAGCUGCGCGGCGAAGCCGAGUUUGCCAUGUACCACCAAAAAUUAGUUCCUAGUUCGUAACCCACCAACCAUCAGCAAACAACAGAGAAACAAAAUAGCUACUGCUCUUAUUACAUCCAGCGCGUCUAAGCAAUCUUCAUUUAAAAUGAGUACCUUACAAAUAUAUAAGCAUAUAAGACCCAGUGUGCGCAUUGUUAGCCCAAAAGUUUAGCACAAAUAUUCAAAACGGCAACACAUAUUUCAAUACCUCUAGUCAGCUCAAAAACAUUAACUAACUUUGUUAAAAAAAAAACAACAACAAAUUUACUACUAACAGUUAACAAAACAACAAACUAUUGUAAACAGGCCUUGCAUUUACCACAAAUACAAUCUCAACUACUACUUUAUACACUAUAUGCAUACACAUGUAUGUAAGCUCAAUUAUAAAAGCUCGAAACUACUUUUUUAUAAAAAAAA